UCGGCGUUCCGAAGCAACAGCGGCGGCACACAGGACGUUGACGAAUUACAGCUUCUCGCGACUGCACCAGUAUACACUUUCUGUCUGCAGUUUCGUGUGUCCCCCCUGAAGUAUUUCCCGUCUGUUUUCGUCCAGUUCACAUGGAAGCGUCAGCGGAGAAUCUGAGGGCGUCCCCGAGGAGCUUACUGUGGGCAGCGAUUGAGAGAGUCUCAGAGCGCGCACGCCCACCUUCUUCGGAAGUUCCUGGAUUUUCCGAGGAGGAAACGAAAAACAAUCAAUGUUGCGCAGAACACCUUCUAGACUUUCAUGAACUGCAACCUGCCACGUCACCAGGGCGAUGUUCACCGAUCCUUGGGGCACCCACUAUGACUUCGGCGUCCGCAAUCAUCGCCGAUAUGGUGGCCGCUGCUCAGUUGAAACAGUGUCCGCUACAUCUGAUGUUUACUACAAGGUGUGGCCGAUUUUUUCGGAACGGAGAAAACUUUGAGUGCGUCGUUGGCAGUGAUGGCCGCCUUUCAGCGAGAGUCAACGCAAGUCCCCGCUACAUUUACAUGCGACUCCAGGGGAUGAAGUCGAAUCAUCGUUACUUCGUCUCCAUCAAUGUCGAGCUGUGUGGCGGCGAUACAAGCGAUCGAGACAAUGACGUCGCAGGUUACGUGGUACCUGAGCCAAACCUGCUCGACGGUUUAGGUUGGACAAACAGCACGCUGUUCCUUGACGUGACUGUACUCCUCGAGAAGUACCCAUUGGUUCCGGUCUGCACUACUGCUGAAGAUUGCGGCAACGCCCGGUACAAAAUCUUUGUUCGCAUUCUCCAACUGUCUGACGACUUCUGGCCAGCCGGUGUGGAGCCCAUCCUGAUUACUCUGAGAGAAGGCCCCCUCGUGGAUAUUCUGUCAGCCAGACAGCAAAGAAUGAAUCAACCAGGAGUGUUUCCUUUUGGAAUGCAGGACGUCACACGUCUGAGUGACAACCCAAUGGUCUCAGGCAUGUCGCUCAUACCCUACAGGUUCUCAUCGUUGGAUUCUCCCAGCUGCUAUCCACGGCCGGAAGAAGUCUGCAUGCCAGUGACGCGUGUUCUGGAAGAAGUGACCCCGCAGUUCUGCACCCGUGAAGAAUCGCAGUCGGAACUUUCCGAGAACCUCGUCAGUACCGGCUUCUUGUCUGCAGCCACGUUCAGCAGUGACCACGUCAUUGUGGAAAGAGGGCGCACAAACUUCUUCCGAGACCUGGAUGGCGAGGCUUUCCUACGCCAGUUACACCUGCGCCAGCGCCGUCCUCCGGUGACGCCACCUGGGGAGAGUCACCGUCAGCAGUGCAGUAGCAGUCUUUGGGACGAUGGGCAUCUCGCUAUGCCAGAUGAAACUACUUUUGAGUAAAAUCAUCUCGACGGGAGCUAUGCUUGCUCAUCGCAGACGCUAUAUUUUUCUAGUAAUAUUUUAAAUAUUUUUAGCAUUUAUUUAUGUAUUUAGCGUGGACAUACUUGUAAAUUAAGUUGAAAUUUAAUUAGUUUGAAUAUUAUUUAGUUUUAAUCGUUUACCCAAGUUUCGGCGGGCAAUGUUAGCGCACUUAGAAGUCGGUGUCAAGUGAAACGGCAGCACUGGAAUGCGUGAGUGAUUGCAGUACACACUAUAACUUCAGUUCAUCUUCGGAAAUAACCGCCCGUAUGUUGUGUAGCUACUAGCAGUGUUUCUUUAUUAAUUAUUGUAUGGACAAGUUCAGGUGCCUAAAACUCUACUUCAUGCAGAAAACAGCCAGUCUGUUUGUGUUUGUGCGACCUUAUGAUCGCAUGCUUGGCUUCGAAGACGAGCUCGCGUGGCACCAAAGCGAAGUUACUCCCGCUGCAGUCGAACGUGAUAUGCGCAGUUCUGGAGCACACCACCUUUUCCUACGCCCUCUAGUGCUCGCUUUUCAAUAAACCAAUAUUGUGACAGUCUUUUUUCUUAUUUCAAACCGUACUCGGUUUUUGUUCACUUCACACUUUUUGGAGUGUAUAUUCAAGAACUUUCUAUACACAGUUUUGUUCACACGCGUUGACCUAAUAAAAAAAAGCACCCCCGA